CAAACUUUAAAGCUUCUAGUACGCUUCUAGUAAUGACAAAGUAGCUUCGAGAGUCACUUAGAAGUAGCCUUUACUGUUCACUUCGAGGCAAAAGCAACGAUCAUCUGGGACGAACAACAAUCGGGGAUAAGCACCCGGAACAAAACAACCCCAGUGAACAGGACACAGACACCCAUGCACAAGCAAGUGUGAAAAACGAGGCUUCAUCUUCAGGAGUUCUACAGAGAUUUAGACAAGAACCCCUCGAUGGUGCUUCUUCUGUCUUGACUGGGAACCCAUGCAGAUACGGCUGACCCUUUGACACGCAGUCGAGGACAACAAACGAUUUACUCCUCAUGAAGGAAGAGGCAAGACAUACUCAUGUCUUUGAGUCUUCACGUUCCAUCCCCUCGGAUUCACAACUCCAAGAAGUGCAGCUCCCACUAGAGAUGAGUGGUCAGCUCGUGAGAGUGAAGUCGGAACCACCUGAUGUUGCAUGCCUGCCAGAAGAGAGACAGAUACAGCAACAGCGUCACAACGAGUCUCCAUCAGCAGCUGAUGCUUGUGGAGUUACGGCUCGGAUGUGUCGCAUUAAAGAAGAACCUCGAGAGGAAUCUUCGAAUGAACAACCAAUCAUAGAAGUGAAGACAGAGCCUUAUAAUGUUGCCGUCUUGAAGGAAGAGGACCAGAUAGGACACAACUCCGAUUCAACAUCUGAAGAUGCAAGCGACAGCACUGAUACGCCCCAUAUUAAGGACAAGCCCAGACGCACUUGUGAACAAGAAUACUCAGGUUACCCUUCUUCAUAUGCACAGUUCAAGAUCAGCACAACAACGGUUGAACUGCAGCUCGACAGCACUGCACUAGUCGCUACGAACGAUCGACACGCUGAGCAACAUAGGGACCAAAGCAAGCCGUGUGCACUUGCAUCCAUGUCGAAAGCCUGCCUCGAAUGCCACAUGUUUUCACACUGUCACAACGAGUCUGAAAAGUGUUCCACUACUCAUCCAUCGGAUGUUCAGAUGGGAGGGAUGGGUUCUGGGUGCAACACCUGUCCCUCUGCAUUCUCGUGGUCUGCAGGAGACGAGAACCACAUGGCUUCAGAGUUCAGCAUCAGCUGGAACCUACAGCAGCACAAGAGGACAUAUUCAUCCAAGAAGCCAUACAAGUGUGAUGUCUGCCCUGCGGAGUUCACCCGGAAUGCUCACCUGGAGCAGCACAAGCGGACACACACAGGCGAUAAGCCAUACAAGUGCGAUGUCUGCCCUGCUGAGUUCAGCCAGCGCGGGAACCUACGGCGUCACCAGUGCACACACACGGGCGAGAAGCCAUACAUGUGCAAUGUCUGCCAUGCAGAGUUCAGCCUGAUUGGGCACCUACAGCAGCACAAGCGCAGACACACGGGUGAGAAGCCAUACGAGUGCGAUGUCUGCCCUGCAGUAUUCAGCCACAGCGGGAGCCUACAGCAGCACAAGCGGACGCACACUGGCGAGAAGCCAUACAAGUGCGAUGUUUGCCACACAGAGUUCAGCCAGAGCGGGAACCUACAGAAGCACAUGCGGACGCACACGGGCGAGAAGCCAUACAAGUGCGAUGUCUGCCAGGCAGAGUUCAGCCAGAGCGGUAACCUACAGCAGCACAUGCUGACGCACACAGGCGAGAAGCCAUACAAGUGCGAUGUCUGCCACGCAGAGUUCAGCCGCAGCGGGAGCCUACAGCAGCACAAGCGGACACACACGGGCGUGAAGCCAUACAAGUGCGAUAUCUGCCCUGUGGAGUGCAGCAGGGGCGCGGACCUACAGAAGCACAUGCGGACACACACAGGCGAGAAGCCAUACAAGUGCGAUGUCUGCCACGCAGAGUUCAGCCUGAGAGGGACCCUACAGCAGCACAAGCGGACACACACGGGUAAGAAGCCAUACAAGUGCAAUGUCUGCCACGGAGAGUUCAGCCUGAGAGGGAACCUACAGCAGCACAAGCGGACACACAUGGGUGAGAAGCCAUACAAGUGCGAUGUCUGCCAGGCAGAGUUCAGCCAGAGCGGUAACCUACAGCAGCACAUGCUGACGCACACAGGCGAGAAGCCAUACAAGUGCGAUGUCUGCCACGGAGAGUUCAGCCUGAGAGGGAACCUACAGAAGCACAUGCGGACGCACACGGGCGAGAAGCCAUACAAGUGCGAUGUCUGCCAGGCAGAGUUCAGCCAGAGCGGUAACCUACAGCAGCACAUGCUGACGCACACAGGCGAGAAGCCAUACAAGUGCGAUGUCUGCCACGCAGAGUUCAGCCGCAGCGGGAGCCUACAGCAGCACAAGCGGACACACACGGGCGUGAAGCCAUACAAGUGCGAUAUCUGCCCUGUGGAGUGCAGCAGGGGCGCGGACCUACAGAAGCACAUGCGGACACACACAGGCGAGAAGCCAUACAAGUGCGAUGUCUGCCACGCAGAGUUCAGCCUGAGAGGGACCCUACAGCAGCACAAGCGGACACACACGGGUAAGAAGCCAUACAAGUGCAAUGUCUGCCACGGAGAGUUCAGCCUGAGAGGGAACCUACAGCAGCACAAGCGGACACACACGGGUGAGAAGCCAUACAAGUGCGGUCUUUGUCCUGCAAUGUACAGACAGCGCGGAGCCUUGUCACGUCACAAGCGGACACACACGGGUGAGGAGCCAUAAAAUUGCAACCUCUGUCGUGCAGUGUUCAUCCACAGCACAAACUUGUGGUGCGAUACGAGUGCGGUCUCUGUCCUUCAGAAUAUCACAAGCAGGCACCCUGGAAUGAGAAGCCAUAAAAAAACAUUCUCUGUUCCGCAGACCUGAGGCACAACACAAACCUGCAGUGUAACAAGAAGACCUACAUGGGUGUGAAGCCAAACAAAUGCAAUUUCUCUAUUACAGAGUUCAUGUGGAGCAGGAACAGACAGAGUUAGAGAAGAAGCUGCUAUAGCUAGUUCAGUCAGAGCACAAAACCUGUGGCUUAACAUGUAGCCAAGACACACUUGUGAUGGCAACCAUGCAAGUGCGCAGGGACCAAGUACACUUGAAAAAGUGCCAGUGCAGUGCUGUUGCAUGUCCUGAACCCAGAGACCUGAAGAAGCACAUGCUAAUGCAGAGAGAGGUGAAGGUUGUACGGAUGCAAUCUGUCUCCCACCGUAUUUUACUUGCGUUCGACAUUCUGAGACUCGCACGCAUGAACAGACCGAGGGUAAAAAGAGUUGGGUUGGGUGGUGACACAUGUGAAACUUAAAAAAAAAAAGAAAAGAAAACAGAAGAGUGCAGAGAAACAGGCAGACAAUGAAGGGAUACCCAUACAGUGGCCCUCAUCUGCUAACCAAGGUUUACUUCCAUGAACAACAUGCAUUGCAUUGUUUCCUGUUUGCCUCUUUAUUCCUUUUUUUCUCCUUGUUCCUGUUUAUUUUUAUGAUGAAUGCUUCUUUUAUGCCUUAUAUCUUCAACUGCUAAUAUGAACAAAUAAAUCAACCCAAAGAAAUGAAAGAGAAAUAUUUCUACAAGACAACUUGUAAGAGGAAUCCUGAAAAUCCCGUUUUGUUUGACGAGCAUCUAUGUUGUACAAUGCAUUACAGUUUGUAACAAUUUGUGAGUGACAUCUCAGAAGAAAUCGCGGAGAGACAAUCGUUUGUGGUAUGAGAGAUUAAAAACUGUGACCUCA